AUAUUGUUGACGCUUUAAAUUUAAUAUGCCAUCGAGCUUUUGUGGGUUUUGUCCCCACUGUCAAGAUUUGCUAGGAGAUUUAUAGACUUAUGUAUACAUGAAUGAUAAAUAUGAAUGGAUUAUGCUUGGAUGUACGAGUUAACGAUUAGCCUUGGUAGGAUAUACUAACAUUCGUUUGGCUAAAGGAAUUUCGAAUCAACACUUUGGAACUUAAUUUCUUCAAAGUUGUUGGGUACGAAAGGAUGGUAGCAUUAUGUGUAGGAUAAGAUAGUGCUCUUGCAGAGGAAUAUUGAAUUACUCUCGAAAGUUCGCGGUGUAGUUUGUAUUGCUGUCACGUUCUAGGAGCAGAGCAUUGAAAGGUCAUUAUGGUAUCCAUGUGGUGUACUCCUGCUGUUUCUGCGCUGAGACGUGUUAGCUGUGGUCGGACAUAGAAGGGAUACUCUCCAAGAGGCUAUGAGGAUGGACAGGCCUGUGUUAUUACACAGGAGUUGAAUGAUCUUUCAGCGUUCAAUUGAGUUAACUUGACUCUGAACCGGACUCCGGGAUUAUCUUUUGACUCCGAGAUUGGACAAGUUUGUUGACCACUGCUGAAGUCAUAUUUACGGCUGGUCCCCCUGGUGCAUCGUUAUUUACAACUGCACCAGCAAAGCUUUCUUCAGCCCAGACCUUAGGGUUGCUGGAAGAAACAUCGCACAGCUUUGUCCUUUCAUCAACGGGAAAGGUUCGCCAGAAUAGUUCAUUUACUAACAUAUUCCUGAUACGAUGGCGAGCCCGAAGCCCCACCUCAACCUCGUGGUCCUGGGACACACUGGAGCGGGUAAAUCAACACUGAUUGGUCACCUUUUAGCAGAUUUAGGUGACGUGGGUGAGGAGACGAUGGCGAAGGUCACGAGACUGGCUACAGAGGCAGGGAGAAGCGAUUGCAAGUACGCAUGGCUCGUCAAUCAUACGCGAGGCGAAAGGGAACGAGGUUUGACCAUCGACGUUCACGCGGGACAUUUCGAGACUUCGAAGUAUGCCGUGAACAUACUGGACGUCCCGGGACACAGAGAUUUCUUAAAGAACAUGAUAGCUGGCACAUCAGAGGCUGACGGUGCCAUACUUCUAGUGUCAGCCGCCAGAGGUCAGUUCAAGAUGAGUAUGAAAGACGACGGCAGUGGUAUGGUACCUGAGCACGCGAUGUUGGCGUAUACGUUUGGUCUGUCACAAAUUAUCGUCUGCGUAAACAAAAUGGAUGACAAAACAGUCGAUCAUUCGCAAGAACGAUUCGAAAAGGUCAAAACUAGCGUCCAAAAACACUUGAGAAAAAUAAACUACAAAAUGGAAGAAGUUCCAUUCAUUCCGAUGUCAGCUUGGAAUGGUGACAAUUUGACAGAAAAAUGUGCAAAUAUGGCAUGGUGGGAGGGGUCACAGGUCAUCAGAACUUCUGGAAAGGUCAAGGUUACGACCUUGACCGACGCCAUCGAUGCCAUGGUGAUCCCGGCGGGUCGGGAGAGGCGAAGGCCGUUGCGGAUUCCGAUAAGGGACAUGUUCACAAUCAAAGGUAUGACCGUUGCAAUCGGUAGAGUCGAAUCAGGACAGCUGAAAUCAAAUACCAAGUUGUUGUUUGGCCCAACACCCGGCGAGGGCACUGCAAUCUCCAUCCAGAAAAACAACACGCCAGUCGAGUGCGCUAGACCUAGGGACGUGAUUGGUAUGGUGCUGGAGACAAACUGCAUCAAUGCUAAUAGGGGGCGACACGGGAUGUAUAGGCGGGGUCAAGUCUGUACGGAUGAGGCCAGCGAACCGCUGAAGAUCGUCAAAGAGUUUAUCGCACAGAUCGUGGUUCUGGAGCACCCGAAGGGCAUCAUUCACGAAGGCUACGCACCAAUCAUCGACAUCCAUACAAGUCACGUGCAAUGCCGUAUAAGGCAAUUUAUCGAAAAACUUGAUCGCAACACGGGCGAGGUGAUUUGGCCGAGGAAUCCGAAGCGGCUCUUCAUAGGUGAUGCGGCGAAUGUCCGUAUGACCCCAAUGAAACCGAUGUGUGCCGAACAGUUCCGGAGAUUUCCGAGGUUGGGUCGGUUUUCAAUGCGGGAUUUGAGUCGUGUUGUGGGAGUCGGGGUCAUAACUAAAAUCACAGAAUACGAAACUGUGAAGAGCUCAGAAUAGGAGGUUGACAAUUUAAAAACGAGGCUGAGAAGUUUGAUCCGUAACCAGAAAUCGUAUUCCUGACAAAGAAAAAAGCAUGCUCCAAUAAAAAAAUACGGGAAAUGCCCAUAUCUUUGUUUGGCCAAGGAUCAACUUCUAAAAUACAUGAGAACAUGAGAAAAGAAACUGUUGUCGUCGUGCACCGCCCUGGGUUGUCGUCGUGCACCGCCCUGGGUUGUCGUCGUGCACCGCCCUGGGUUGUCGUCGUGCACCGCCCUGGGUUGUCGUCGUGCACCGCCCUGGGUUGUCGUCGUGCACCGCCCUGGGUUGUCGCCGUGCACCGCCCUGGGUUGUCGUCGUGCACCGCCCUGGGUUGUCGCCGUGCACCGCCCUGGGUUGUCGCCGUGCACCGCCCUGGGUUGUCGCCGUGCACCGCCCUGGGUUGUCGUCGUGCACCGCCCUGGGUUGUCGCCGUGCACCGCCCUGGGUUGUCGUCGUGCACCGCCCUGGGUUGUCGCCGUGCACCGCCCUGGGUUGUCGCCGUGCACCGCCCUGGGUUGUCGCCGUGCACCGCCCUGGGUUGUCGUCGUGCACCGCCCUGGGUUGUCGUCGUGCACCGCCCUGGGUUGUCGUCGUGCACCGCCCUGGGUUGUCGUCGUGCACCGCCCUGGGUUGUCGAUCACGAGGCGAACGAUUUUGGUGUUGUGAACGGAGCAAAUCGGAAGGAGAUCGAGACCUCCCUUGGCUGUUUUUGUCGCCGGCUGGGAGAGUGCCAAACGUCUUAAAUAUAUGUAACGUUACAGGUAUUCAU